AUGUCCAUCGUCAAUGUUAAUGAAAAUAAAGUAAUUGAUGAUUUGGACAUACCGAUUCCUGGUACAUCAGAUGAAGCAGUUGAGCAUUGUCCUCUACCAGUUGAUAUUGAUGAUUUGGACAUACCGAUUCCUGGUACAUCAGAUGAAGCAGAAGAGCAUUGUCCUCUACCAGCUGUAAACGAUUUGAUGAAUAAUGUCAACAUUAACAAUGAUCCUGCUAUGAUGAACUCUAAUGUAUCAAAUGAACUUUUUGUUCAUUUUGCAUCUCUGGGACCAUGCCAACCUUCCAAAUCACAAUUAAGCGGUUGUACAUUUUCUACAAGACAGCAAGGUGAUCGUGUAAGGUCAUUUCAUGAAAAAUAUUAUUUUAAAGAAAUUUCACCUGGACAUUUUGUGAAACGCAGUUGGCUUUCAUAUUCACCUUCUACCGACCACGUAUUUUGUAUAGUGUGUAAAUUUGGACUACCAACGGGAAAACAUAACCAAUUUUCAAAACUUGGAACAAAUGACUGGAGACAUAUUUCAUACAAAAUCAAAUCACAUGAAUCCGCACCAGAGCACUUACAGUCUGAAAUACGCCGAGUUAUGUUUACAAGUCAACUAAGAGUUGAUGUGCAGCUAUUAUCCGCAUCAAAUUCGCAGGUUGCGGAAAAUCGAGAAGUUGUUAAAAUCAUUUGUGAAGCUUUAUUGUACCUAGCUCGGCAAACCAAUGCAUUUCAAGGUCAUGAUGAACACUGGAGUUCGUCUAAUCCAGGUAACUUUCUAGAACUUGUCAAACUUUUAGCUAAAUAUAAUCCUUUGCUUGUCAUGGGUGAAAUGAUACGAGAAGAGAUUUUGAAGAGAGUUAGGAAAGCUGGUGUAUUUUCAAUAAUUAUAGACACAACUACUGAUGUCUCUAACUUGGAACAAUUUUCGCUAGUCCUGCGUUUUAUUAAUGAAGAAGGUCAAAUUGAAGAGAGGCUUACUGCUAUGAAAGUUGCUCAUGAUUCCACAGGAUUAGGAAUGUUCAAUGUUUUUUGUGAUAUAUGUAUUAAAUAUAAUAUAGAUUGGGAAACAAAACUAUGUGCUCAAUCUUAUGAUGGAGCUGCAUCGAUGCAGGGACAAUAUUCUGGUGUUCGAUCAUAUGUCCAAGAAAAAAAUCCAAAUGCUAUUUACGUUUGGUGUUUUGUACAUGUUUUAAAUUUGGUUGUUUUCGAUACCUGUGAUAAAUGUUCAAGUGUUAGAAAUUUCUUUGGAGAAGUUCAAAGUUUGAUCACAUAUAUGAGAGCAAGAAAACGAACAGCCAUAUUCCUAGAUCAACAAACUAAAUGUUAUCCUUCUGAAAGACCAUAUAGAAUAAAGAACUUCUCUACCACUCGUUGGACUUCGCAUGGCCGUGCAUUAUCAGUAAUAAGCAAAAAGUACUUGGCAUUUCUAAAAACAUUGGAAGAGUUAAUUAACUCAGCAGAUAGAGAAACCUCUUCAACUGCAUCAAAUCUGUACAGAAUAAUGACUUCAUUCAACUUUAUUUUGAAUUUAUUUUUAAUGGAAAAUAUAUUUUCCCAUACUACUCCAUUAUCAAUUUAUUUACAAUCUUCGUCUAUUGAUUUUAUUCAAGCAAUCACUAUAGUGGAUGUUUGUGCUAAAAAAUUAUCUGAUUUAAGAAAUGAACAGAGUUUUAACAAUUUAGUUACAAAAACAAAAUCAUUUGCUAAUGAAAUUGGAUUAGUUGAAUGUGAGUUGCCAAUUAUACGUAGCCGCCGUCGGAAACUGUUGCCUGGAGAAGUUGCUUCUGAUGAAAUAAUAACAAAUCCUUAUGACCAAUUUAAAAUUGAAGUUUAUUAUGUAGUAUUGGAUCAACAACUAGCGAGGGAUCAGAAAUUUCCGACGAUCAUUUCAUUGCGCUUAAAAAUUGGAUUCCUAGUCUAA